AUCCGCGACUGGAACAGACAAUACCGACGACCCAAGCCAUCCAGCGCUUCGCAAACUUCUUCUAUAUACAAAAAGAAACAAGGAGAUCGAGUCCUUUCGACGCGCGCGGGCGCUACAUCCCCCGCCCACAAUGCCUUCCACCGACAAUCCCCCAGAGACCAUCGAUGCUGCGAACAAAAACCCGUGGACCGAAGAGACGAAGGCCAAGUUUGAAACCAAGAGCAAGAGCAAAUAUAUGGACCCGUGUCAGGACGCCGCCAAGCGCAGCAUUAAGUGCUUGAAUCGCAACAACGGCGACAGGGAGAUGUGUGGUGAAUACUUCCAAGCAUGGCGAGACUGUCGACAGGCAUGGAUGGACCAGCGCAAGGAGGAGAGACGAAAGGCGGGCAGUUUUUUCUGAAUGACCGACCGCGCCGGAAGACGUGUACAAAUGGAAUGGCAAUGCGGCUUGGCAGCGUCGGAGUGGUGCCGCCGGGAUCGAGCGUGGUGUAACAACAGGUGUAAACUACCGUGACCGUGUAUUGGGCCUAGCUACGGGAGAGGCAUUGCAUGGGAAAUGAUGAUCAUGAAGAGGGACAGGGCAGGGGAAGAGUUUACAACAAUUUCAUCAGCCAAAUGCUCGAAACCUUAGACUUCGUCGGCGACUACCUAAGGUAAGUACAUGUAGUAAUCCUCAGUUAUGGUGGGACCCGCUUUUCUAGCUGCCAUUUCGAUGCGCAACCAAUCACAG